UAUACUAUCGUAAAUAUGUUCAAGAUUUUGGAUAACGGAUUUAUCGUUGGUAUUCUUGCGAUUGUGAUUGUUUCUCAAAUUCACCAGGUUCAAGGUCAAUUAUGCCACGAUAGAUAUCCACUACAAAUCUGUCAAGUAUAUCAUCAACGACGCUUAUGCAAAUAUGUUGAAAAGUCUUGUAGGGCAACAUGCAGUGGAUGCAGCGAUGUAAUACUAGAUCAAGGAGCUAUGGGAUGGAGUGAAUGGACGGCAUUUUCACUGUGUAGUGUCACCUGCGGUGGUCGUGGUGUGCAGACAAGAACUCGAAUAUGCAAUUCGUUGAACGGAUGUUCUGGAUCAAGUGUUUCUAAUAGAAGAUGUAAUACAGAGAAGAAAUGCCCUUCAGAAUGGGGUCCUUGGGGCCCUUAUGGAAGUUGCAGUAUACCAUGCGGAGGCCAAGGACUGAAAUAUAGAGUAAGAACAUGUCCGAUACCUGGCACUUGUAUUGGACUCGGUACUUCACAGAAAGCUUGCUAUGGAGGAAUAUGUCAGAGAGGACAAUGGACGGCUUGGGGACCAUUCCAACCAUGUAGCGUUAGUUGUGGCGGAGGAAAACAGAACAGAUAUCGCAGUUGCAGAGGGGCAAAAACUUGUCCUGGAUUUUUUGAAGAAGUCAGAAGUUGCGCGAUUGAUCCAUGUCAAAAGCAAGCACCAGCAACCAUGACAACAACCAGAAGCAAUGUUCGUUCUGACAGUGCUGGAUGGAGUCAAUGUACUCGAUCGUGUGGAACUGGGACUAGAUUUAAAUUUGAUAAGCCUAGUUGCACUGACGUUAACAAUCCAGAAUGCUUACGUACAUUCGAGGAAUGUAACAUUCAGAACUGCCCGACAGAAACAUGUGCAUGGAAUGGACUUGUUCCUCGGUAUAAAUCUAACGGGUGUUGCAGUCGACCAACGUCUGGUCAUUGCGGGCAAUCGUUUGUAAGUGGUCGUGUGAUCAAUGGUGAUUUCUCGAAAAAUCAACAAUGGCCUUGGAUGGUAUCACUACGUAUAAAAGGAUUGCUUUGUGGUGGAACCUUGAUUGACAAACAGUGGAUUGUCACAGCAGCCCAUUGUAUAAAAAGAGGACGAGUUACAGCAAAACUAAAUGAGAUUGAAAUUCGCCUCGGAACAAAUUUUUGGGAUCGACCAUAUGUUUCAAAACAUCAAGCUUCUAAAAUUAUCGUUCACCCACGACACGAUUACUUGCAGAAUGAUAUUGCCAUUAUAAAAUUGAAAAGUCAAGUGAAACUCAGUAGCUCAGUGCAGCCGGUAUGUUUGCCAGAUGGCGAAGAUCCUCCCGCUGACAGCCCUUGCAUUGCAAUUGGUUGGGGUAUAACUGAUCCAAAAGGUCCUCCAAAUCCAGCUAAUUCUUUGAUGGAAGUUCAGUUGAAUCAUUUGGACAUAAAUGUGUGCAGAAAAAGAUACGGACGUACCAGAGAUAUAGGAAAUUACGUUAUGAAUUCUAAUCGACUUAUAUGCGCCGGAAUGUUAACUAAACGCAACGACAUUUGUGAGGGUGACAGCGGAGGACCUUUACUUUGCCAAAGACGAAAUUCAUGCGCAUGGUACAUUGCUGGGAUUGUAUCGUUUGGACCAAAAGGAACUUGUGGCGAAAUUGGAUCCCCCGCAGUGUUUACGAAGAUUGUAUCAUUCGAAAGAUGGAUUAGCCGACAUAUAUCGUUUCCAAAAGCAGGCGGUUGUAAGAAAUAAAAAUAUUCCGAGCUUCCAGGAUACUUAUGCUUCCUGAUCUUCCAGGAUACCAGUUUUAGCAACUCUCUGAUGUUGUCCAAUAGAAUAAGUUGGGACAAUAUUUCUGAAUGUUUUCGGUCAUCAAUACCUUCCCUUUAUU